AUGUCAUCGAUAUCUGGGAUCGAAACACACAUACCACCUGAAGACCUAAUCGGGGACUUCGUACGAAAGGAUAAUCACGCUUAUAUAUACUCCGUCUUAUACAACCCCGGUCUCGAAGCCCACAUAUACUCAUUAGAUGGCAUCUCGCCCAAGGUACGGCAGUAUCGACUGCGGCAUAUCAAACGGCUAAAGACUCGAGUUGUCUGUGAGCGCAGGUGGAAAAGUCAGGGAGGAGUAAUGGGGACUACUAUCAUUUGUAAAGGGAUUGAGGGGGAGAUUGAGGAUGAGGGUAUCGAUCGGAAGGAGGCAAACAUGGAGCCAGAGCCAGAGCCAGAGCCAGAGCCAGAGCCAGAAUCAGUGAAGGAGGAAAUCCAAGAGCUCGAAAAGCCGUGUGAUAAGAGUGAGAAGGCAAGAAUUAAACAGCUUGAGAAGCGAAGAGCGAGACGGAGGAAGAAACGAGGACUCGAAGCAGUUGAAAGCGUUGAGACAGCGAUCACAGAAUGCACAUCACUAGAACCUGCUCCUAUUCCGACAGAAGUUACUCGAUUAGUUCAAGAAUUAUUAGCCAGCUUUCCACAAAGCGUCGAGACAGAGGUCACAGAAUGCGCAUCGCUACAGCCGGCUCCUGUUCCGACUAAGGGUAUAUCUGACCAGGAAAUAUUAGCCAGCUAUCGAGUGCAGCUCGAUGAUCUCACGCAAGGGUCUGGGGUGCUAUCCCGCGAAGAGAUCGCAGCUAAGGAAUACUUGAUCCUUGACAAUAUUGUCUUCGAUGACAGACUAGAAAGCGAGAAUGAAGGUGUAAUGGAAGAAAAGGUCAAGGGCAAAAUUAGAGGCAUGCCUCAGAACAAGUAUAGUUUGUCAGAAGAAGCGGGGGAAAAGGGGCAUCAGACUAGACUUAUGGAACUGCUGGAUCUAGAGGAAGUGAUCAUCUUAGAGCCAACGAUGGUAGUGGAUCUAGAAAAGGGAUGGCAAAGACGGCGGAGGAGGGGGGACAAAAGACGUGAGUCGUCAAUAGUGGAGCAACGAAAGACAUCCGAAAGGGAGUCAUCGACUGAGACAUUUCUCGAAAGGCUCGAUAGCAAUCAGAUUCAGCGCAUGAAUGAGGUAUUGAGGAGGAUCUCUGGUGGGUGCUGA